CGUCGGGCUGUUGGGAUUUUACCUGAAGAAACGGAAUUUUCAUCAGAUUAUUUAUGUCUAACCAGGAGGCAUGGAGCGCCCAGCAUGUAUUUUGGAGGAGUUGAAGCAGUUUGUCGUAAGCGAAGCUCCGCCCACAGCGUAUUGUGUUCCAGAUUUCAUAUCUGAGGACGAGGAGUCGUACCUCCUCCAGCAGGUCUACAGGUCUCCAAAGACUAAGUGGACUCAGUUGUCGGGCCGGAGGCUCCAGAACUGGGGAGGGUUACCACACCCCAAAGGCAUGCUGGGAGAGCGGCUUCCCGAUUGGCUCCAGACGUACUGUGAGAAGAUUUCGUCUCUGGGCGCGUUCAGUGGGAAAACGGCCAAUCACGUGCUGGUGAAUGAGUAUAAACCAGGAGAGGGGAUCAUGCCCCACGAGGAUGGGCCGCUGUACCACCCCACCGUCACCACCAUCAGCCUGGGCUCUCACACCCUGCUGGACUUCUAUACACCGCUCAGCAGCACUGAGGGUGCCGCACCGCAGACAGCGGAGAGCCGCUUCCUGUUCUCGCUUCUGGUAAGGCCACGAAGCCUUCUCAUCCUGCAGGAUGAAAUGUACCAGCGCCUCCUUCACGGUAUCCAGGGGCGCGAGCAGGACACGCUGACCGAGAAGGUGGUGAACCUGUCUGCCGCCGGGGCACAACCGGGUGAGGAGCUGAACCGAGGCACCAGGGUGUCUCUGACCAUACGGCACGUGCCCAAGGUCAUCAAGACGAAGCUGGUGCUGGGAAAGCGAUGAAGAGCGAUAGAGCUGACACUACAGCACAGUGAUGGAGUUUUAGUUCAGAUGGAUUCACCGAGUGAAUAUUAAAAGGAUUUUAGCAUCUGUGUGUAAAACGACCAGAACUGAUCACCACUGAGUCUUUAAGUUUUAUGUUUUAUAAUCAAGUAAUCUGAUGCACUUUCACACCUGGAAUAAUUUAUUUGGAGUUCAUCAGAUGUUUGUUUAUGUGACAGAUGAAAAUAAAUACGACCAUAAGCGGUGUGUGCGCCGUGGGUUUGCUUACAAACACAUCCACCAGUCUGUUAGUCUGUCUUAGUAAAGUGACGCACCGCCAUGUGCUGCCAGCAUGGGCGUGAGACACAGUUUAAAAGUCCAGCAGAGGCCGGAUACUCAAAGAGCUGAACUUUAAAGUCACACAGGUCAUGCAAAA